GAAAUUCGUGUCAUUAUGGAGAGGCUUGCAAAGGUUGAGGGACAACUGACAUAUGUUCAGAAAGAAAUGAAGCUCGAAAAGGAACGCAAUGCUCGGAUCAAUCAUGGUGCUGUGCGGCGUUCAUAUGAAAGCGAUGCAGUGGCGUUUUAUGCAGUGAUUGGUACUGCACAUGAUCACAUGGGUCCGGGUCAGACAGUCGUUUUCGAUCAUGUAUUGACCAAUAUCGAUUCAGCACAAUCUGUAGGCGGCUAUAGUGCCACCACUGGUGUAUUCACGGCUCCAGUAAGUGGUGUAUACUCGUUCUCGUGCACAAUCAUGGCAUAUGACAAUAGCAUGACACACGCAGGCUUUUUCCGCUCCAUUUUGGGAAAACGCCACACUGGAAUUUUGGGAAUUUCGCGUCGUGAAAACCCCCAUUUUGGGAAAAAAAUUAAUCGCAAAAUUGGCUCAAUUGGGAAAAGUUAUCGCAUGUAAAUUAUUUAAAACAGU